ACUGGUGACUAUAGUAUCCCUUUAACCACCAACCAUUUGACAGCUCUUCACUAUCUGGUUAAAAUAUUUGUUUCUCAUCCCUAUAGAGGUGUAUACAUAUGUGCCGAGGGCAAUUAUUUAUACACUGAUCUGCCGCAACAUUUUUGAUGUGUUUUUCUUUUUAUUCUAUUUUAGAAAAUGCCUUGGAAGCCAUGAGAUUACUUCACAUAUGACGAGAGAGUGCUCAUCCUGUGCUAUUGUCGUCACUGGAAAAUACACAUAAAGCCAUGUUAGGGUAGAGCAUUCCAUACUUGGUGCUGAUAAUUCAUACCACAGAUAAACAUCGGUCCAUCCAACAUUCUGAGACUACAUUGAAAGAAUACAUCAAGCUCCCUGAAUUGUGUAGUUUUUGUUUCAGUGAUUGAAGAAAAACAGUGUGUAUCCGUUUUACAAAUCUUGAAAAGAAAAAACAUGCCCUUAUUUAGUCUGCAUUCUACAACUGGCUUACUGAGACCAUUCAUGUCAAAACCUUUGGCACGUAUAAAGCUUCAGAAAUUCUGGAAAUCAACUCACAACAUUCUUCUUGAAGGCAAAAACCUUAUAUUAAUGGGACCUCCGGGUUCUGGGAAAACCUCGGUGGGCAAAAUACUUGGCCACAAGCUGGAUUGUCCGGUUGUAGAUGUGGAUGAUGAUGUCCUUGAAAGAAAAUGGAAUAUGAGUGUUUCAGAAAAAUUGCAGGAUGUGGGUGACGAGCAAUUUUUGGAAGAGGAAGGGAGAGCCCUUUUAAACUUUUCAACAUCUGGAAGUGUUAUUUCUCUUACUGGGUCCAAUCCUCUUCACACUAGUAGCAUGGAACAUGCAAGGAAAAAUGCUAUAGUUGUUUAUCUUGAUGUACAAACACAGGAUAUCAUUGAUAGACUGGAAUGCAUGAAAGUGGAUCGUAUUGUUGGCCAAAGGUCUGGAGCAUCAAUUGGCGACAUACUUCAGAAGAGGAAAAAUAUUUAUAAAAAAUGGCAUGAUGUGCGUGUGCUCUGCCAGGCUGGGGAUGAUAUAGAGACUGUAGCUGACAAAGUGAUUGAUGCAGUAAACAGAUACCAAAACCAGGAUUCUGAAGCCUUUCUUUCCACUAGGUCUUUGUCCAGUGAUCAAAGAGCAAGAGAAUGCAAAACAAAGUACUUCAGCGAUGCAAUUGUGGAAGGUUUGGCUUCGGAUGGUGGACUUUAUAUCCCAGAAGAAGGAAUGCCAAAAAUUGCUGCUGGAGACUGGGAACGUUUAAUUAGGGCAACAUACGCUGAAAGAGCCCAAGUAAUAUUAGAGCGAUGCAUACAUCCUGCUGAUGUCCCGGCAGUCAUAUUAGGAGAAAUUAUCGAAAAAGCAUAUGGAGAAAAUUUUGAUUGUAACAAAAUUGCACCGGUAAGACAUUUGGUGGGGAACCAGUUUAUUCUCGAACUCUUUCAUGGACCUACAGCAUCCUUUAAGGAUUUGGCACUGCAGUUCAUGCCUCAUAUCUUUGCUUAUUGUAUUCCUAAAACAUGCAAUUAUGUCAUCCUGGUAGCAACCUCCGGAGACACGGGAAGUGCUGUGUUGGAUGGUUUUGGCAGUCUCAGUGACAUUGAUAAGCAGAGAAUUGCUGUGUUUUGCCUGUAUCCUGAGAAUGGAAUAAGCCCGCUUCAGAAAUAUCAGAUUCUUGUCAGCCAAGGACAAAAUAGGCAGGCACUAGGAGUCAAGUCUGACUUUGAUUUCUGUCAGACUGCCAUUAAAGAGAUAUUUAACAAUGCAGAUUUUACUGGAUUUCUUACAGCCGAAUAUGGGACCAUUUUAAGUACAGCUAAUUCCAUAAAUUGGGGGCGACUGCUCCCGCAGGUUGUGUAUCACGCAUCUUCAUAUCUUGAUCUUGUCAGUCAAGGGGUUAUAAGUUUUGGGAGCCCGGUGGAUGUAUGUAUUCCCACGGGAAACUUUGGCAACGCCUUAGCUGCUGUCUAUGCCAAACAAAUGGGAAUCCCUAUCCGGAAAAUUAUUUGUGCCUCUAACCAAAACCACAUUCUAACUGAUUUUAUUAAAACGGGUCACUAUGAUCUCAGGGGUCGAAAGUUACAACUGUCUUACUCUCCCUCAAUUGACAUUCUGAAAUCUUCCAAUUUAGAAAGAUACUUGCAUCUCAUCUCAAAUGGUGAUGGGCAACUUGUCAAAGAAUUUUACAGACAGUUGCAAAACCAGGGUCACUGCCAACUGCAAGAUCACAUAUUCCAACUGCUGCAGCAGGAUCUAAUCAGCGACUGGUGCUCUGAGAAAGACUGUUUAGCAGCAAUCCAUUCAGUUCAUAGCGCAACUGGAUACAUUUUAGACCCCCAUACAGCUGUUGCCAAAGUUGUUGCAGAUCGAGUGCAAGAUAGGACUUGUCCAGUUAUCAUCUCAUCCACGGCUCAUUAUUCCAAGUUUGCACCUGUUAUUUUACAAGCUUUAAAGAUUGAAGAUCUUAAACGAAGUCCACUAAGUCAACUUCACAUACUUGAUUCAUUUCACCCUUUACCGCCUUCUCACAAGAAGCUGUUAAAUACUCUGAAAAUGAAAGACAACACGGAAAGCAAAGUUUGUGAAGCUGAUUCCGAUACUGUGAUGGGCCACAUGGAAAGUUUUGUUCAAAAUACAUUUCUGAAGGUUUUCUAAGGGUCACAACAAUUACAUUGCCUUCAGCCACCCACUCUUCCUUUUUCAAACUGAGAUCUAUAUGUAAUAGAAUUAAUAUUUAAGUAUAUUCGCAACGCAAAUUUAACAGAAACAGUUUAUGAAAGUUGUCUCAUUAUUGUACUGAAAAAGGGAAACUCUUUUCGAAAUAUAUUUAAAUGUAGUUUGAAGAAUUGAAAAGUCUGAAUGUAAAAGUGCUUGUAUUUAACCCGUUUUUGUUACUCAGGUUUAUUUGUUCUGUAGGUGCUAGUUCAUAUCUGUACUGUGUAUCUUGUUCAUUCUAAUGUCAUUCUGGACAGCCUUUAUGAAUUCAGGUUUAUCUACAGCAGUGGCCUUUAUAACAAGGGUUACCACAUUCAGCAUGUUUUCAGGUACACAUAUCACAUAUACUUAUGGAUGGGCAGCACAUGAAAGGGUUGCCCUGUAGUAUGCAGAAUUCAGAAGUUGUAUGAGAUGUAGUAAUUAGGCAAUGCAGAAUCCUGCAGAAUAUGUGUCUUCAUAAAUAUGACAACAUCAUGUGUGUCCGUGAGAGGUUGAGUUGAACAGUGAUCCAUAGUCUCUAUAUACAAUAUGUAUACAACAGAAUAGGGAUUAAUUUACUAAACAAGUAAUUUUAACUUGGUACUUGAAAUGGCCUAGAUGCUAGAAUUAUGUGACCCUGUGGGUUGAUGUACACAUCAGACGAACAUUAUUUAGAUGGUAAACUCAGUCUGUGCAUUCAGUGUUUAUUAUGCCGGGAGAUGGGAUGUGAAAAGUGAGUAAUAAGUGUGCAUAUUCAGUGGUUAAAUUAAACAAAUUAAUAAAUACAUGAAACAGUAAA